AUGGAUGACAUAAAGAGAGCUUACAGAAGCAUGGCCCUCCGGUACCACCCGGACGUUGCCGAUCAUCGAGAUGAUGAUACCUUGACGAAGGAGUCGACUCGGUUGUUUGUUCAACUGAAUGAGGCAUACAAGACGCUGUCGGAUCCUGUGUUGCGUGAGGAGUACGAUUAUGAAUUGGGUUUGGCAGAGAAUUUAUCUUCAUGCAGUUCAUCUUGUAGGAGUAUUACCUACAAAUUCAGGAAGGAUCUGAGAAAUGUUGGACCCAAUUCGCAAUGGAAACAACAGAUUCUCGAGUUGAAGCGAAGAUCAACCAGCCGUUUGGCACGAAAGGAAGAAUCCUGGGCUAGCAGAGUCAAGAGGACUCAACGUGUAUCAACCAUGGAAAAUUAG